AUGAAAAACCCACAGCAAAAGAAAAAUGUAGCAGAUGCAUUUUGGGAUGUUAUUCACUCCAAACUGCCUAUUUUGCCCAACACCAAAAUGAAUAGCAUAUUAAAUGUGGAGGCAGAUUUGCAAAGGAAAACAAGACUUGGUCAUUCACAGCUAAUGCAAGAGAAGUUACCAAAUGAACAGAAAGUGUGUUGUUCUAUUAAUGUGGGUGGCUUAUCUAGCAGUGGGAAAGAUGGGAAAGAGGGGGGAGGGGAAUGCGAAUCUUUACUAGCCUCAAAGAAAAGUCAAGGCUUCAUAUUCAAUGCAUAUCAGAAGGAGAAUCAUGAACUUGUUAAAACAGACGAGGAACUGAAACAACCAGGAAAUAUUAAUAUCCAGGUAAAACUACAAAUCCAUCUUCCACAAACUCUUUUGGAUUCUGCUUCAUGCCCCAUAUUUGAUCAAUUUCAAUUUGGAAAGCCAGAGAGGUAUGCUAAGUUUUCCCCUCCAAAAUCAGGGGAGGCAACGACUGAUGCAAUAUUUUCUGCAAAGGAAUGUGUUGUCCCAUCUGAUGCAAACCAUCAAAGAGAACUGACUGCUGGUAUUGAAAGGAAAAAGACAGUGACUUUUGGUUCCUGCAUGUCUGCCUUUUCUAUAUCCAAAAGGAAGAGAAACUUCAAACAAUAUUCAGACAUGAAAACGUUAGUGAGACCUAAGUGUGGAAUUUUAAAAGCAAAGAAACCAUCGAUUUCGUACAUACUCAAUAUCAAGAGUGGUGCUAGCCCAAAACAUAGAAAAGAAUUGGGAUGUAACUGGACAACCAAAAUGGAAGAGGUGGAUCAAGGUAAAGAAAUGGCAGAUAAAAUGUCCUCAUUCAUGACUAUUACACCUGACGUGAAUAUGUGUAGCAAGACAGAAAGAGAAAAAGACAUGCUAGGAACAAAAAGACUCCGUUCUAAACAAGUAAAGCAAGCGCUGUCACCACACGAAGAGAACGUCACUUCAGAUGACACCAAAGAAACCAGUCUUCGAGAGGAAGAAGAAAGUGAACAGGAGACGUUACUAAAAGGAGUUCUAGAGCAGGGCAAAUACUUCAUAGUCUGCUCAGGCCAGAAGGAGGAGUUUGACCAUCACAAAUCAGAAAAGGAAGGCAGUGGGAGGAUUCCGUUUGUUACAGAACAAGAUGUACCACAACAAAUGCAGCCUGCAGAUCCAAUGCAGGUCGAGGAGCCAGAGAAAAGCCACCAGACACAAAAUGGCACAAUAUGCACAGCAAAGUCAAAGCUUCCUCUUAUAAAUUCAGAGGAAUCACUAAGAGGUCAAGUUUUCAUUGACACAAUGGAAGGUGGUAUGCCAAGUAAUGGGAGCCAUCUAGGGGAACUGUAUAGUCACGGUAAAGAGGAAAGGCCAGAGUUUAAUAAAAAUCAGCAAGCAACAGUUCUGCAGUCGUUGGCUGUCUCCACGCCGGACCCACCUGAAUCUAAAAGGCAGAGAAAGACAUUUAUGGGUACAACCUUAAAAUGUAAAAUGAACUCCAAAUGUGCAAUUAUGAAGACAAGGAAGACACCAAUUUCACAGAUAUUUAAUAUCCCAGGGAAUGGCUGUCAAAAAAAUGUACCUUCAAAGACACUGAAAUCAAGGAUUUUUGACUUUUUGGUUGAUAUCAAAUAUUCUGAGGUACUGGAAGAUCCUACUGCAGAGAGAAAGGAAGGAUUAGCACAGGAAUUGCCAGCAACGAUGCCAGACCCUUUGGGUUUAUCCACACUUGCUGUACCUACACCAAAGAGAAAAUAUUUAAAAUGUUCAGGCAAGAGAAAUAAAACGAGUCCCAAAUGUAUAACUUUGAAGGCAAAGAAUGCACUGAUUUCCCAGACAUUUAAUAUCACAAAACGUGGUACACCAAGCCAUAGGAGGCAAUUCGAAUGCAACUUCAAAGUCAUGAUGGGGAAAUGUAUACCUGUGGCGGAUAUAAUCCUAAAUGCCUUUUCCUCCGCCAUGCCUAUUUCAUUUGACAUGAAUGUGAAUAAUAGAAUAAAAGUAGAGAUAGACGAGCCGUGGAAAAUGGGAUUCAGUCAUGAACUACCACAGCAAGAGCAAUCACCAGAUGGAGAGCAAGCCUGCUGUGCCAGUUCCAGCAAUAAAAGGGGCAGUGCCUCAAACAGCACGAAGAAAGCAAAAAUCCCCGGUGGAGAAGCAGCCCGUUGGAACACUCCACACUUCAGCUUUAAUGCUCCUGAGAUGACAGAGCCUCUCUUUGUGUACCCAGAUGGAGAACGGAUGAACUCAGCAAGGGAAAAAGUCCCAGAAUCCUUUGCCACUGCUCAGGAGCUGCAGCAGCAAACACUUUUCACACAACGUGUAUUACAUCCUAUUCCUCACUCUAUUUUGAAUGUACUUCCAUUUGAGAAGCUACCAAAAAGAACACAAACACAAACAGGAUUAAAAGAUACAAAGAGUCCAACUGUUUUAUCUCCAAUGCCAGGGAAAUCAAUUGGUGAAUCUUUCAUGGAUACAGCACAGAGUGGCAUCCCAUUUGGGAAAAGCCCUAGGAAGGAACUUGCUAGUUCUAUUCCAGAGAGAGAGAUACGGUUACGAAAGGAUUUACCAGCCAGAAACCUAGAGUUUUCUCAUUUCUCCGCGCCAGCUUCAUCUGAUUUUAAAAGGCAAAGAAAUGCUGCACAAAUCCCUAAGUCUAGAACUGGGAAAGCACAGAUGGUUUCAAAGACAAUGAAUAUCACCAGGUCCGAUGCCCUCAGCCACAGAGAGCAACAGGAUCCCAUCUUGGAAAACAUGGCCCAACAGAUAUCUCUAGGUAGGUCAUGCAUGUUUAUAAAUACCUUUCUUUCAUCUACACCUGUAUCACCUGCCAUCAAAAACCAUAAAAAAGAAAAAUCAAAGAAAGGCCCAUUAAGGAAAAAAAGCAGCAUUACAAGGGGUUGGGAACAAGGUGAAAGGAAACAAGAUAAAGGAGAAAGACUAUCUACAAAUUCCUGCAAUAAAUGGAGUACCUUCAAAAACAUAUUAGAAUCAAUAUGGCAAAAUGAAAAGAAGAAACAGGAUAAUGAAAUUUUAUCCAAGGCAGGCCUACCACUUCUGAGUAGUGUGGAACACAGAAAAGAUCAAAAUAUGUUUAUUGCAGAGCAAGAAGCACAACAACAAACACUGUGUUCGGAAAAUACAUCGGAGACAGCAUGUUCUCCACAGAUGAUUCCAUUCCAAACUGAAAAGCUACAGAAGACUAUGCCACCACAAAAAGACACACGACAUAGAAUAGGUGAAAAGAUUUUAUGUCCAAAAUCAGAGAAAGCAAGGUUUGAUUAUCUUUUAGCUGAAGGAACAGAGUAUAGUAUAACAUCAGGUGGGAGCCCUACAAAGAAGCUGGAUGUUCAUAGGUCAGGUUUCCUACACUCUAAAGGAGAAAAGAAAGACAUCGAAGCUCAAAAAGUAAUCCCACCUACCAAGUCAGGGAACUCAGUGCUUGGAGAUCCAUGUGAUGAAAGCUCUAGAAGGAAAGUGGGUGGUCAUAUUGCCAAGAAAUAUGAAGAUCUGCAAAGAGAUUUACUAACAAGGUCUACGACGUCUGUUUUAUCUGAGUCUAAAAGGCAGAAAGAAGUAUUCAAAUUUCCAGAAGGAAAAAAUGUUACAGGUCCCAUAACUGUAACAAUGAAGGCACAGAAGCCUCCUUGUUCCCAGACACUCACUGUCACUGAGCAUGGUACCCUGUACUGUAGAAAGGAACAGGAAUGCGACUCAAAAUCUACAAUAAAAGACAUGCAACAAAAUAAAAGCCUAGAUAACGCAUUUUCAUCUCCCACACCUUUUUCAACCGAUAGCAAAAUAGAUAUGGAAAUGUAUAGAACACUAAAGGCAGAGUCGGAUCAACAAAGAGUAAGAUUCAAGAACUCUGUCUAUCUAAAGCUAGAGAAAUCAACAUGUUACUGGGAAGCACAGAAGGCCAAUCCCACUGAUACACAAAACAACAGAUCAGGCUACACAAUGGAAAUGAAUGUGCAACAGAACAAGGAAGAGGUUGGAGCAGAGACGAUAAACUCCAUGUUCUCCAAACAUCAAGAAAAGAAAACACAAGGAAGUAAAGAUGAACCAGGGGUGCUUAUGACCCAAACUUCUAAUUCAUUACCAUCUCUCUCUCUCCUCAAAUUGGACAAAGAAAUGCAGAGAAUAUCAUAUGCAGAGGAGUUAGUGCAUAUUGAGCCAAUUGGUGGGGAUAUCAUGGAAAAUGUUCAAAACAAGAAACAACGUAUGUCUCAGAAAGAAGAGACGAACAGAGAAAAAGCAGUCGCUAUGAGAGGUCUGACACAUGCUGCAGACAGAAAUAUGAAGUCAAAGAAAUCACCUCCUUCAUACACACUCCAUAGGACAGAAUUGUACAUGAGCCUUGGAAGUCAAGGACAGAAGAUACAUGAAGGUCAAGGUAAAUCACCUUGUACAGUGGUAAGUAAAGUUCAUGUAUCCAAACCUCCAACUGACGUCAAAUUAGAUAAAGGUACUCAAGUAGAGGAAGAAGAGCUUGGAAUUAAAAGACCCACUCGAUUUCCACAAAUGGUUUCAGUAUUAUCAGAUGCAGAGAAAACAGAAGAUACAGAGACGAUGGGUGGUGAUGUAAGAAAAAGAAAACACCUAUCACGGAAAGAAAAGGACAGAGAACAAAACAGAACCAAAGUUGACCAAGACUUGCUUGAAAUCACAGGGUUUUCUUUUUCACAAUUACAGCUCUCUGAGUCCUCAGCUGCAGGGAACAACAAAUAUGCAAAUUCCAAUGAAGAAAUUAGCUCAUGUAAUACAAUAAUAGAAGCUAAUCAGCAUAAGUCAUAUACAGACAGAAUGGACAGAGUAAAAAUAGAAGAAGGGAAAGGUAGAAUACUCCCCCAAAUAAUAACUUUGAGAAUACAGACAUCCCCACUUACACAUCUACUCAGUAAGAAAAGACUACCUUUGACUAUUAAACAGAAAGUGAAAGAUACACAGAAAGACAAAGGUAAACCAGAAAUGGUUCUGAGGAAAGCCUGUGCAUCCUUACCUUCUCCUUUUCACCUGAAAUGGGACACUAGAAUGAAUGAACAGGAAGACACACUAAAAACAACACAACCCUGUUUUCCACCAUUAAAGAUUCAGCAUUCAUCCUAUUCAGGCAAAAAAGCAUAUACUAAGUCACUUGAAGGUUAUAUGUUAAAGGAGGAUAGACUCAGAAGCGAUAUUGAGGACAAAGUGCCCCCAAUGUACAUGGAUCGGAAGGCAAAGAAAUUACAACUAUGUACAUAUUCCUGUAAUAAAUGGACUACCUCCAAAAGCAUAUUAGAACCAAAAUGGCAAAAUAAAAGGAUUAAGCAGGAUAAUGAGAUUUUAUCCAAAGCAGGUCUCCCAUUCCUGAAUAGUAUGGGAUGUAGAAAAGAUCAAAAUGUGCUUAUUGCAAAGCGAGAAGCCCAGCAACAAAUACUGGUCUCAGAAAGCGUAUCAGCGUCAGUUUCUUCUCCCCUGAUGAUUCCAUUCCAAAAUGAAAAGCUACAGAAGAAUAUGGCACCACUACAAUACAUACUACAAAGAAUAGGUGAAAUUAUUUCAUGUCCAAAAUCCGGCAAAGUAAGGUUUGAUUAUCUUUUAGCUGAUGGAAUAGGGUAUAGUACUUCAUCUGGUGGGAGCCCUACAAGGAAGGUGGAUGUUCACAGGACAGGUUCCCUACACUCUAAAAGAGAAAAGAAAGACAUCAAAGCUCAAAAAGUAGUAAAACACACAGUUGAUCAAAAUAUCCCACCUACCAAGUCAGGGAACUCAGUGCUUGGAGAUCCAUGUGAUGAAAGCUCUAGAAGGAAAGUGGGUGGUCAUAUUGCCAAGAAAUAUGAAGAUCUGCAAAGAGAUUUACUAACAAGGUCUACGACGUCUGUUUUAUCUGAGUCUAAAAGGCAGAAAGAAGUAUUCAAAUUUCCAGAAGGAAAAAAUGUUACAGGUCCCAUAACUGUAACCAUGAAGGCACAGAAGCCUCCUUGUUCCCAGACACUCACUGUCACUGAGCAUGGUACCCUGCACUGUAGAAAGGAACAGGAAUGCGACUCAAAAUCUACAAUAAAAGACAUGCAACAAAAUAAAAGCCUAGAUAACACAUUUUCAUCUCCCACACCUUUUUCAACCGAUAGCAAAAUAGAUAUGGAAAUGUAUAGAACACUAAAGGCAGAGUCGGAUCAACAAAGAGUAAGAUUCAAGAACUCUGUCUAUCUAAAGCUAGAGAAAUCAACAUGUUACUGGGAAGCACAGAAGGCCAAUCCCACUGAUACACAAAACAACAGAUCAGGCUACACAAUGGAAAUGAAUGUGCAACAGAACAAGGAAGAGGUUGGAGUGGAGACGAUAAACUCCAUGUUCCCCAAACAUCAAGAAAAGAAAACGCAAGGAAGUAAAGAUGAACCAGGGGUGCUUAUGACCCAAACUUCUAAUUCAUUACCAUCUCUCUCUCUCCUCAAAUUGGACAAAGAAAUGCAGAGAAUAUCAUAUGCAGGGGAGAUAGUAUAUAUUGAGCCAAUUGGUGGGGAUAUCAUGGAAAAUGUUCAAAACAAGAAACAACGUAUGUCUCAGAAAGAAGAGACAAACAGAGAAAAAGCAGUCGCUAUGAGAGGUCUGACACAUGCUGCAGACAGAAAUAUGAAGUCAAAGAAAUCACCUCCUUCAUACACACUCCAUAGGACAGAAUUGUACAUGAACCUUGGAAGUCAAGGACAGAAGAUACAUGAAGGUCAAGGUAAAUCACCUUGUACAGUGGUAAGUAAAGUUCAUGUAUCCAAACCUCCAACUGACGUCAAAUUAGAUAAAGGUACUCAAGUAGAGGAAGAAGAGCUUGGAAUUAAAAGACCCACUCGAUUUCCACAAAUGGUUUCAGUAUUAUCAGAUGCAGAGAAAACAGAAGAUACAGAGACGAUGGGUGGUGAUGUAAGAAAAAGAAAACACCUAUCACGGAAAGAAAAGGACAGAGAACAAAACAGAACCAAAGUUGACCAAGACUUGCUUGAAAUCACAGGGUUUUCUUUUUCACAAUUACAGCUCUCUGAGUCCUCAGCUGCAGGGAACAACAAAUAUGCAAAUUCCAAUGAAGAAAUUAGCUCAUGUAAUACAAUAAUAGAAGCUAAUCAACAUAAGUCAUAUACAGACAGAAUGGACAGAGUAAAAAUAGAAGAAGGGAAAGGUAGAAUACUCCCCCAAAUAAUGACUUUGAGAAUACAGACAUCCCCACUUACACAUCUACUCAGUAAGAAAAGACUACCUUUGAAUAUUAAACAGAAAGUGAAAGAUACACAGAAAGACAUAGGUAAGCCAGAAAUGGUUCUGAGGAAAGCCUGUGCAUCCUUAUCUUCUCCAUUUCACCUGAAAUGGGACACUAGAAUGAAUGAACAGGAAGACACACUAGAAACAAUACAACCCUGCUUUCCACCAUUAAAUAUUAAACAUUCAUCUUAUUCAGGCACAAAAGCACAUACUAAGUCAUUUGAAGGUUAUAAGUUAAAGAAGAAGGAUCGACUCAAAAGAGAUAUUGAGGACAAAGUGUGCCCAAUCUACAUGGAUCUGAAGGCAAAGAAAUUACCACCUCCACAUCAUAUGCUUAAUACCAAGGAAUUGCAGUGUGAAAUUAAAGAGCAAAAGAGAAAAGUACAGGAAGAUAAAAAUAAACUAGUUACGAAUAUCAAAAACAUCUGUACUUCUUUGGUUACUCUACCAUAUCUUAAAUUUGAGGCAACAGAAAGAGAGGGGUACAUGAUAACAAUUGCAAAAGAGCCUCUCCCACAACUACAGUCCAAGGAAUCAUCAGAUGCAGCAGUAUUAGCACGUGCAGAAGCACUUGUUGGAGACCUUUCCACUGAUGUAAAAGAACUGAAAGAACUCGUGCUACAGAAAGAAGUAAAGGAUAGAGAGAAAACCAUGGAUAUGAAUAGUAUAGUGGAUCCCAUUGAUAUGUAUAUGAAUGCAACGAAAUCACCUAUUUUGCUUAUAUACAAUCUAAGUGACCUUCAGAGGAAAACGAAAGAGCAAAAGGUAAAGGUUCAGAAAGUUGAGCCAACUGGUGUGAUGCUGACUAAGACUUGCACUUCCAGCUCUCCCCCAGUACACCUUAACAUGAAUAUCAGAAUCGGGGAAAAGAGCAUUUCCUCCGUACACUUCCAGGAAUCAUCAGAUUCUGAGGAAGUUGUAUAUGUAGAGCCAAUUAUUCCUGAUAUUUUAAUCAGUCCACAAGAGGGGAAGCAAUGUGUGCCACAGAAUAAGGAAGAGGUUGGUGUGGAGACGAUAAACCUCAUGUUCCCCAUACAUGAAGAAAAGAAAACACAGGAAAGUAAAGAGUGUGACUUUAACAAACCAAAAGAAAUAGCUUUAUGGAAUGAAGAUGACUCGGGAGUACUUAUCAGAAGUCUUUCUAUUUCUGGGAUGAAUCUAUCUCAGACUGAAGAAAUGGUCGAAUCUGAGACAAAGCUAGAACGAAAAAAGAGAAUCUGUUUUUCUAAAUUCCAGGAGAAAUCAUCAACGGCUAGUGAAAUGGUUGAGAGGGACAACUCCAGCACUGUAAAAAGAGGAGGCCAGAAUUUUACAAGCACAGUUCCAGAAGAUUCUCAGCCCUCCAUGGACCAACAACAAAUGCAAAAACUUCCUAGUGUUAAACCAGAAGAAAACCUCAGCAGUGAAGUAAGUAAAGUAAAUGUCACUCCACAAACAGAAGGAAGGGUUGUUUCAGGGCAUGAAAGCUCAAGGAUCAUAAAAGAACCCGACUUGCUUACUAUCAAGCAUGAAGGAAAGGCAUCAAAACCCAUUCUGACACCAACAGAGUGUCCAAGCAUGUCUGAAGAUCCAAAGGAAAAUGUGAAAACCCACAUGAAAAGUACCCUAAGUGUGCACAUGUCCCCUCCAAGAGUAGAAGGACAUGAGCGUAGGGAUCAGAGUGAGCCCCUACAGGACACACCCACACAAAAGGCCCAGCAACAAAACACUUUUUCAGGAACUGUACCUACACCACCCCAAGUUGAAAGUAAUGAAAUAAAAAUAGUGGCAGAUAGUACAAGUAAAGAAAGUUUACUCCCUCUUUAUGAUGCAAUUAAAAAUGUCUUUGAAGCCCAGAUGAAAAAUAUGAUCCAAGACAAAGUUUGUACUGAUAAACUGGAAGAAGUAAAAGCUCGUUAUCCUGAUGACUGGAAAUCAACACCUUUUUCACGGGGUCCAGAUAUAACAUCCACAACAGCACAUCCUACAUUUCAGCCAAAACCCAUCUUAGAGUCAAAAGCACUCGAGAUAAAACUGAAUCUGAUACCCAAGACGGCAAAACAAUCCUUCCAAAAGUUUGACUUUUAUUCAAAACAGACUAUUUCAGAAGAUCACAGUCGGAGGCUCUAUCCAAGACACAAAAAAAUGAGCUUUUUAUCUCUAGAAGGGAUUGAUACUAUCAAACUUAACUUAAAACACAAAUCCCAAAAAGAUUCCCCUCAGAUCAGCUGUAUGAAAACACUGACUGUUGUUUCAAGUGGGAGCAAGGAGAUCAUUACAAAGGUGAAGAGUAUUAGUAAGCUAGAAAGUGGAACAUCUUCAGUGACUUCUGCUAAUAAAAUGCCCAUGUCUCCAAUUCUCCAAAACUACUCAGAGGAAGAAAAAGACAAACUUCUCAUACACUUCUCUAUGAAAACAUUGGAGACCCAAAUGAAAGCCUUUCCCAAAAUUGUAACAGAAUCUUACUCAAUGGCCGAUACUCGGGAUAGAAAGAAACCUUUAUCUAAAUGUAUUCAUCCUGGUGUCCAAGUACCAAAACAAAAAAAUACAAUUUCAUUAGGUUUUGAGGAAAAAUCUCUUCAUCAAAUAGAACUAGAUUUACAAAGUAAAUACCUUAGUUUUCUUCUGGGGCUUCCGGUAGAAACUAUGACCCCUAAGCCGAACACACUUCCCAAACAUAUCCUUAAGUUAAACACAGCUGCAACCUGUAAAAAAGUAGACAAUAGUGGAGAAAGUGGUAGUCUUCCCAUUGAUACAGAACUGUUAGAACAACAUAUCUCUUUCAAAAAGCAAAGUCCCCAUAAAAACUCAUCACUGAUCAGGAGAUUCCUGGAGCCCACCCAGGUGUGUGCUUCUGACCCGGAACAACAUGGAACAGCACAGGAAGACACUAUGAUUCUUUCAGUGUUAAAACCUCCUCCGAUCCCAGAAAAAGAUAAACAUCACGUAUGGUUUCAAGAAACAGCUAGCUUAGCUGAUUACCACUCAAUUCAGACUUUUCCAGAUUUUACUGGUCGUCAAACAGAUACUGUGAAUUCAGCUAACUUGGAAGAAUGCUCAGCUCUUGAAAAACAUGAGAAUGAAGAAAGUAUGUUUUUAGAAGCCAACCCUUAUUUGAGUCAGGAAUCAGAAAAUAUGCUAUAUGAAUUACAGAAAAGCAUUCCUUUGGAAAAUCUUUACAAGAUGAAACAAAUCCAAACUGAUUUGAAACCACUUUACAGUGAUAAUUCGGUGUCUCAUCGUGUUAAAGGCUGUAGAAAACCUUCCUCAGUUGUGACAAUGCCUUCCUACGAAUCCCACAGCACCAGAAAAUAUAGGUCUUCCCCCAAAGUGCAGUCUCCUGACUGGUUGUAUCACAGUUCACUAAAUACUGUGGAGGUUCCAUUUGCAUCGCCUACUAAAUUGAGUGAAGAGAAGCUCUUGUGGAUUACAGAAAACUCUUUAUCUCCCUUAACAGAAUCAAAUCUUAAAUUACAUCUUGCAAAAAGCCAAGACAAACCUCACAGACAUCUAGAAAGAAAGAAGUCAAACUUUGAUUCAUAUAGAAACAAUGUUCAUUGGGACUGCUAUCCCAAUUAUACACAGAGCAAAGCAAAACGCAAAAGGGAGAAGAAAGUGCGUGAUUGUGAGCCAGAAAGAGCAGGUUAUUUUCUGAGCAAACGUAAGUCAGCAUCAAAACCUCAUCCAGGAGAUUUCCAUUUCCAUUAUGAAGGAAAACAAAAACAGCCAUUUUUUUAUGCCUGUGUACCAGCAGACUCACUGGAGAUUAUACCCCAAACCAUUCGCUGGACGAUCCCCCAAGAAACGUUAAGGAAGAGAAACUUCAGAGUUCCCCUAGUGGCAAAGAUUUCAAGUUCUUUCCAUAUGUGGAGUUUCUCCAAAAAGUUGGGGCGUCACUCUUAGAGUCCUUCGACCCAGUUUAAAUUGAUAUUACCAUAUCUAGAUUCAUCUGAAGUAGAAAUCUGGCUGAAAUUGUGCUAUUCUGUGAAAAAUAAAAUCAUAUAAAAUCAAAUGGUU